AUUUUCAUACUUUCAUCAGUGCUUUCACAAAGCAUUAGUAUGAGUGUUAAAAUGUCAUUUAAUUAUGUAUGUGUUUCAUAACUUGCUCAAAAACAUAGAGUAUUUAAUUUUUUAAAAUACUUGAUCAUAUAUAUAAAUACUUUUCCCCAAUUUUUCUCCAAAGGCAUUGCCAUGCAGCUCCUGCCUGAGUUGAAGCUAUGGUUCUAGAGUAGAAUUUCAACAUUUACUAUACAUUGCACUAUAAUCAUCUAUCCCAAGCAAUCCAAAACCAAAUAAAAAACAGUUAAACAAUAUGCAAAUUCCUGGCACACAGUUCUUUAUAUCAUAAAUAUUAAUAAUAUGAUAUUUUAAUACAGUUUAUGAACUGUCUCUUGCUAUUCAGUGAUAAUUUUAUAUAAUGUUGUCCUAAAUGUGCAAACCUCAAAACAUAUUUCAGACAUUCACCAGUGUAAAACCAUCCAUUUCCAAGAUCCAGGACUGACUAGUUUUUUCCUAGAAUCAUUGCAUGGGGAAAAAGUGCAGCUAUACCCAAAAUCUAUAUUUAACCAGAGAAAAGAAACAGGAAGUCGAAAGAGAAAUUUCAUUCAGAACAGAAUGUGGACUUUAUUAUUCCUACUACAAACAGAUGAUUCAGGCUGCUUCCAUCCAGCAAGGUUUACAUGGUUUAGUAUAUGACAAUAAAACUGAAUCUGUGAGGACAAUUAACAUACUUGAAAGAAUGAAUGUUUACCAGGAGGUGUUUCUCAGCAUUCUGUAUAGGAUUCUUCCAAUUCAGCAAUACCUAGAGCCCGUUUAUUUUUAUAUCUACACUUUGUUUGGACUUCAGGCAGUUUAUGUCAUUGCUCUGUAUGUAACAAGCUGGCUUCUUAGUGGAACAUGGCUUUCAGGGUUGUUGGCAGCUUGCUGGUAUAUUACCAACAGAAUAGAUACUACAAGAGUAGAAUUCACCAUUCCCUUAAGAGAGAACUGGGCAUUACCUUUCUUUGCUGUUCAGAUAGCAGCCAUCACUUACCUACUCAGAACUCAUUUACAGCCUGUUCAAGAAAGAUUGACUCUUAUGGCUGUAUUCAUAGCAACAUUUCUCUUUAGCCUGACUUGGCAAUUUAAUCAGUUUAUGAUGCUGGUACAAGCAUUGGCAUUAUUCAUACUGGACUGCUUUGACAUGCUUCCCACAGGAAAGGUUACGUGGCUCUAUAUUAUUCAGAUUUCUGGAUUACUGCUAGUCUGUGUCCUACAGUUCUUUAAUUCUAUGAUUCUUGGAUCGUUACUUAUAAGUUUCAAUGCUUCUGUCUUGAUAGCCAGAACAAUCCAGAAAAAUCUAAAAAGGGGCAGCUUGCUUAAUAGGCUUGGAAAAAUUAUCUUCCAUGUACUGUUAGUCUUGUGCUUGACUCUCCUAAUAAAUAAAUUCAUCAAGAAAAUUCUUAAUCUUGAGUCAGAUGAACAUAUAUUCAAAUUCCUGAAAGCAAAAUUUGGAUUUGGGGCAACAAGAGAUUUUGAUGCUAACCUGUACCUUUGUGAAGAAGCUUUUGGUUUACUGCCUUUAAAUACUUUUUCAAGACUCUCAGACACAUUACUUUUUUACAUCUACAUCUUUGUUCUCCUUCUAAUGGCAGUAACAGCUGUGGUUGUUGCCUUUCGGAACCUCAGUGGUUCAAAUGAAGUCCAGUUUGUGGAAGCAGUGGAAGAAUGCACAAUAACACUGAAGCCUGAUGCUGCUUACAAUUUAAUUCACACCAUUCUCUUUGGAUGUCUGGCAUUAAGCACAAUGAGAAUGAAGUACCUCUGGACAUCCCACAUGUGUGUAUUUGCAUCUUUUGGCCUGUGCAGUGCAGAAGUAUGGAAACUUAUCCUGAAGUGUGUUCAUCUCUACACAUCACGGCGGACACAUGUGAUGAAGUAUUCUCUACCAAUAAUUACAUUGCUAUACAUUUCAUACAAGUUCUGGCCAGGAAUAAUGGAUGAACUAUCAGAGCUGAGAGAGUUCUAUGACCCAGACACUGUGGAGCUCAUGAACUGGAUUAAGUCAAACACUCCAAACACAGCAGUGUUUGCUGGGAGCAUGCAGCUAUUAGCAGGAGUCAAACUGUGCACUGGACGGACCUUAACUAAUCAUCCCCAUUAUGAGGAUAAGAAUCUGAGAGAGAGAACAAAACAGAUUUAUCAGAUCUAUGCCAAGAGGUCUCCUGAAGAUGUGCACAGGAUCCUGCUCUCCUUUGGCACAGACUACGUGAUCCUGGAAGACAGUAUCUGCUACGAGCGAAGGCACAGCAGAGGCUGCCGGUUACGAGACCUGCUUGAUGUAGCCAAUGGCCACAUCAUGGAUGGUUUGGGAGAGAAUGAACCUGAUUUGAAACCUUCGUUGUUUCCUCGCUUCUGUGAGGAAAUUAAAAAAAACCUGCCUUCUUACACCAUACACUUCACUAGAGUGUUUCAAAACAAAACAUUCCACGUUUACAAACUUGCUAAGCAUAAAUAAUGUUUCCAACCAUGGCAUCAUGGUUCAGUAUUUUAAUGCUAGGACACACAUUAGGAAGGGCAGCAGAAGUUAACAAACAUGUCACCUUUGUAAGGCAUUUUACAUGGAUGGUUUCCUGUUUAGUUACUGUGAUACUUACUUUUUUAGACAGGUUAGUUUUGAUAACGUUCUUGAUGUUGCCCAAAAUUUUCAUAAAUUCAUAAAUAAAUGCUAGCAGGGACCAUUUUGAUGAUAAGGUGUGACCUUCAGAAUACCUAGAAUAUACUUGUUUUCCAGUUUCAACUGACUGGAAGACACGCAACAUGAGCAGCCUGCGUGACCGCUGCAGAGUAGCUGGCCCAGGGUGUUCUGCUCAGCAGCUGGGGAUUUUACUACAAAAUGAUAGAAAUUCAAUGAAAGCAGGCAAUGCUGUUGCUAUCCGAGUAUGCAUUACCUUCAUGAAUCCUGAAAAUAGUCACAAAAUUACAAUCUGAUCCUCUUUAACAGAUCCUUGUGCUCUUUCAGUGCCUCUUUUCUGAAUUCUUUGGGAAUGUGUGCGGUUGUGCGUUUCCAAGCUUGAGUGUGAGUGCAGAGGCAGCAAAGUAGUUUGAAGAGUUAAACUUUAAUUAUUGUCCAGCAUUUUUAGUGAUACAGAAACAUAGUGGUUUAUAGCAUUAAGCAUUUAAUGAUGGAGUGUUCUGUAUUUCUAAUGAGAACAAAGGUCGGAGCAUGCUUAGUACAUGUUGCAUGUUUGUAUCCUCGUAAAAUGCUCAGAACAAACAAAAUCAAAAUUUCUCAGCUUGGAUUCUCACAACACUAGUGUCUGUAUUUGCUUUCUGAACUACAGGGGAUCCUUUUUCUCCCCAUGUGAAUUCCAGUAGGAUACUAAAAUUGAACACUGCCAACUUUACAAAAGAAAAAUUAAUCUCUAAAAUCAGCAGGAAACUUAGGUAUUUAAAAUACAUUCAGUUAUUAGAGCUUUGCUUUAUAUUAUUUUAGACACAAAGCUAUAUAUUUCAGCACAAAAUUGUGUCCUUGCUCUUUAUACUAAAAAAAAUUGACUACAGCUCUUUUAAAUUGACUUGGAAAAUGUAAGGGAAGACAGGCCUCGGUCCUGAGCAUUUUGUGAUUUGUUUGUACCCUUUGCCUUUUUACUGGCUAGAACUUUGUGAAUUGUAUUGACUUUCAAAUUCUCUGUAGAUAACCCAUGACUUUUGCUGUGUUUUAGUGCUGCUUUGGUUUUUUACUGAAAUAGAUAUUAAGUCUGACUGAAAGUCUAAGAGUACCCUCCAACUUUAAUUAGACACCCACUGGGAUCAUUUGUUUCUUAUGAAAAACAGAAUUGUAAUAAUCAAGUGCCUCUAGGCCAAUAUUGGAUUAACAUUUGAACACCUAUGAGAGUGUUUGUGGCCUGUGCAAAUAACUCAGUUACAAUAAUUACAACUGCAAUUAAUUUCUAGUGAUGGGAAACUUAAAGUGCUACUAAUAGCAAACUCCACAUUUAAUUUAAUCAAGAUGGGUAAUGAGAUUAGCUUUCACAACUGAGCUGUGUUCCAAUUCCAAAUGAUUUAAAUGUUUUCCCUUUUCAGUUGUACUAAGGUAAAUUACUGAAGAGAUGGAGAUGUCUGUGUCACAUGCUGAAGCAAUCUUAUAUUCUGUAAAUACUCAUUAAACAACGUUCAACAUCUUUCUGCACUUCUGCUUUGUAAAGCAAAGUGUGCUUUAAAACCAGGAUGUGUUUAAAUCAAACAUUGACAGUAGGUGGGUUAUUAAACUGAGCAACUGAAAAUCAAAUAAUUUCUAGCCUGUAUCCCUUAAUGAGGUCAGAAACCACUGCAGUUUAACAUAAUACAAUAAUAAACCAUUUUAAUCAGUAUUAAAACUUUGAUUAGGCCCAUAAUGAUGCACACCUGGUCUUGCUGAAAGCAUGGGUCAGUGAAUUUCCCUAUGAGUGCCUUACAGUAAUUAAAAACAAGCACACGUAAGGUAAAGUAUGUCUGGGCUGUGUUGUCUUGUUUUAAAAUGUGGUUGUAUCUUUCUUUGAAGGUGUGGUAACUUUUCUCUGGUUGCAGUGAGAGCUUCUGAGAUGAGUGGUGCCCUGUCCUGCUCAGAAUUUACUUGUAGGGAACAGCUGAAACCAAGAAGUCCUGACUGUAAAGGUAGUUAUUAUUACAUAUACUUUUUUAAAAAACAACACAGUCUCUAACACUGCCAAUGGAGAAACUUAACCUUUUUGUAGAAACUACCAAGUGCAAUUUUUUUUGUUUCCAGGGUUUUUUUAAAGCAAAAUAGAGCCCAAGUUUCCAUAGGUCUUGGGAAAGCAUAAAAACCAAUGGCUGCCAGAAGCCAGAACCACCACAGUAACAUGUUUUUUUUCUUGCAACACAAGCAUCCCUUACAGUAGCACACCAGAAAUUUUAAGUAUUAGAUACAAAGUAUUUUUGAGAAUGCUUAACUCUUGCACUUCAGAGUCUUUAAAGCCUAAGUACAAUUCCUGUAUCACAAAGAUUAAUACUGAAAGGGAAGGGUGUAGUUCAUGGACUAUGUAGCACAGGGUUCAGAAGAUAAAUCAGUCUCUUUAAAACAGUAAAAUAGAAAAUGCCAAAAUCACUUACCAGCUCAGAGGAAAAGCAGCCCAUGCCUCAGCACAGCCCUUGGAGAGCUGCACCUGCUCCCCUGUCCCUGAUUUAAAGGCUUCCCCUCCCGAGCAGAGCCAGCUGGGGAGGAUGGGGCAGCCAGGGCUGGCUGGGCCCUGCUGGCCACGAGGGCUGCCUUUCCUCUUCUUGAGCUGGGGUGUAAGAGUCUGAGAGGUCCAGGAGGUAGCUGGUGCUUUAGUUGGCUGAUCAGUAUUUCCUCUGCUUCCCAUGUCUUGCUAUGAUCUAUAUUCACUGCAUUAAAAAUGUGCAAUUUAAAAGAAAAUGACUUUACCUAUUCCUGAACUACAUUAUCCUGAUGCACCUUAUUUCCAAGGGGUUGCUGGGGCAUCACUAAGGAUGAUCCCCCAGGGCCAGCCCUCAAGGCAGGGCGAUCACCUAAAUCCUACCCGUAUCUAGCACUGGGAAUGGCACCAUCAUGACUUCGUGUGUUACCUCUUGUCCACAAGGACUUCUAAGCUGUGCAUUAUCAGUGGGAUUGGGUUAUGAACAACUUUUUUAGAUCACAGGAAUGUUAUCAAGUAGCAGGAAUGUUUUUAGGGGACAAAAACCUUUGAGGUCCAUAAGUAUAUUUUAAUUUCUCGUUUCAGUGUUCUGCCAGUAAGAUCUAACAUAGUUAUUUUAUAGUAAGUUGUUGUACAGAGAUGUAAUGACUAUUGUAUACGAAAUAAAUUGUGUAAUUUGAAAAUUA